UUAUUAUUGUUCAAUAGAGCGCGAGGAUUGUGUAAAAUCGGUUCGACGAUAAGGAGUCGAGUAAAAUUUUUAGUUCUAUUCUAUCGCUGGCCUCGGCUAGUGUUUCUCUGUACCACCGACGACGACGACGACAACAACGACUACAAGUAAAUACGAAGACGAUUCUGACAACUUGUCGACUAGAAUUCAACGCGACCUUGUAAAAGGAUGUAUACAAUUUAUUAGUGUACUAUUAAAAAUUUCAUUCACUCAUAGUUACCACAGUUUUGCGAUCUUCGUAGAUAAUUGUAUUUGAAUCGUCUUCAAAAAAAAAAUGCCACGAAGUAGAAAAGCCUUAACAUAUGUUAAUACGUGGCUUGAAAUUCUUGUCCGUGUUGUUAUGGCAAUUGCGUUUUACCAACUAGAACGAGCUUCGCCAUUCAAGCGAAAAAUUCAUCCCGAUGAGAUUUGGUUGUAUCGCAAUCCAAGAACAGAUAGCUAUGUUCCAACUGAAAUUUUAUGGCCAUUUGUAUUUGGCAUUCCGUGCUGCAUAUUCUUAAUUUAUUUCCUCGUGACAAAGAAUAAACUGGAGUUUAUUCAAGCUAAUUUAUCAAUUACAUUGGCCCUGGGGCUUAAUGGUAUUUUCACCAAUGUCUUAAAACUGUGUGUUGGAAGGCCACGGCCAGAUUUCUUCUGGAGAUGUUUUCCCGACGGAGAGAUGAAUAAUCAAAUGGAGUGCACGGGCGAUGAAGAUGCCAUCACGGACGGUCGCAAAAGUUUUCCCAGCGGACAUUCAUCAUUUUCGUUCGUUAGCAUGUGUUUUGUUGCGCUAUAUUUGAUGGGAAAGUUGCAUGUGUUCAGUGAACGAGGCCGUGGCCAGUCGUGGCGUUUACUCUUAUGCAUCACACCCCUCUUCCUUGCUAUGUUAGUAGCAGUCAGCCGAACAUGUGACUAUCAUCACCAUUGGCAAGAUGUUACCGUCGGCUCGAUUAUUGGAAUUAUUAUCGCAUACCUGUGCUAUCGGCAAUACUAUCCGGCACUUGAUUCGAAAAUGUCACAUCGUUCCUAUGCCGAUAUCAAAGUGCGUGAUUUAAAUGAGUUUACCAAUCAAAUGACUUCUUCAUUACCACCUGAAACUAAAGCAUUCCUCGAAGACGAAAAAGAUUCCAAGUGGAUUUGAAUCUCAUAUUCAUGUAUAUUUCCAUUUAUUCAAUUUAUUUCUCUGCGAUAAGUUCAGUGUUUCUCGAAAUUAAACCAUAUUUGAUGUUGAUGUUCAUGUUCAUAAACAACAGACUACUCAUCUACUAGCUUGUAUUAGUGCGAAAUGCAUGCCAUGACCACUUGAAAAACACCUUUAUUUGCUUUUUACCAAACGAUUCCAUUGAUUGUAUCUGAACAAAUUGUAAUUAUUCGCGUAAAUUUGAUCAAAAUAAAUUGACACCUGGAUGAUGUGUUAAUUUCAAACCACAUAUGUUCAGUAGCGAUUAAUCAUCGCUGAUAAUUUCAAUUAAAUACAAACCGCAAACCAAUUAAAGAACCAAAAGAGCAACACUCCAUUGAGAUGGAACUUUUUGAUUGAAUAGAUAACUGUCUCAGAAUGUGUGAUAUACAAAUUUGUGUAUUAAUUUAAGAAAUCCAUUUUAUUUUUGUAAAAUUAGUUUACGCUUAAGAUCUGAAUAAAGAAAAAUCUUUUCUUUGGAAAAA